UCGCUGCGUCCUUUAUUGUUAUUGGUUUUUUUUUUUUUCCUCUGGCUAAAAGGAAUCGCCGGGCGCUGUUUGCAUCCUUCUCCUGCUGCCUUUGCUGUCUGCCCCACUUGCUAGAAGCUGGGCUGAGCUGGAGACCUGUUGCCUGUGCUUCCCACAGCUGCUGGUGUCACCUCGUGCAGGUGAUGUUGGUGACGAGGGGUGAGCUUUGGUGUGGAUGUGGGUACCUGCAGGCCUGGCUUGCACCAGGCAGUGUGCCCACCCUGUCAGCCACCCCCGCUGACCCUUGCUGAAAACACGAGAGUAGGGCCAGGGAAUGAGCUCAACUCUGUGCUAUGUGCAAUGUCUGCACCCAUUGGCACCGCUUCCCAUCACAGCACACUGAAGCCGCUCCCUUGCUCAGGAUUCCCUCCAGCACCCCAAGGUCCCUGGGGCUCUGUGCUCCCCAUGUCCCCACUGUGGGCACAGCACUGGUGGUGCUGAGGGACCCACAUGCAGGCAUCUGUAUGCUCCAUCCUGCCUGGCUGGAAGGGGGCUGGGAGCCAUGAUAUCAGCCACCCACAGCCUGACUCAUCCCAGCUCUCCAGCACAAGCAGUGCAGCUCAGCAGGGCACUCAUUUCGUUUAAACUGAUAAGGCCCCACACAAUGAUUUUCACUCGUGACCAAGCGUGCCUGCUCCUUACCAGAGGGCAAGAGGGGACACUGAAGGUGACAGGGAGUUCCCACUCGAAGUAGGGAACCCUGAGAACAAACCUCUGAUUGAUACCCACAGGGAUGGAGCCAAUUGUGCUGCUGGGGCAGGCCCAUGGCAUUGUCCUGUGCCACCCUAACCACAGUGCCCUGGUCCCUGGGAAGUGUCCCCAGGAGAUCCGGGUCACUGGCCCAGGUAGGGAAUGACACAUCUUCUUUCCGGGACACAGAACUCAGCUCCUGCCAAAAAUCCUCAGGGGACCCAGCAUCAAAGCGUGGUCGUCAUCAGGGGAAAAUGCAACGUGACUUGUUCCUCCUGCUGCUCCCGGUCAGGUUUCUUCCUUCUAUUACAGGUUUGCAACAAACAGGAGGUGAGUCAGGGCGUGUGGGGCGGGAGGUGAGGAUGGAGCUGGGGAGGGAGCAGCUGCACAGUGAAAGGUGAGCUGGUGCUAGGCAGGUGAAUCAUUCCGUGGGGAAAACCGAUCGUAAUCCUCACAGGCCGUGCUGGCAGUGAGGCACAGCUUGGCUCGUUCGGUAAAUUGCAGAGCAAAGAGAAAAACAAGGCAAGGCUUUUUUUUUCUGAGGCAAUAAAUUGUGAGGGAGCAGCCUGCAGAGCUGCAGCAGCCGCAUUCCCUGGGCUCCUUAAAAGGGAGAUUUUAGUCUGGGACAGCAGGGAGAGAGCAAAGCCAUAAACACCCUCACAGGAAUGUGGCUGCUGAGAAAUGAGGCUCCCACAGCACUGGGGGGAGCAGGGCCAUGCUCUUGGCCGUGCCCCAAGAGAACACCGGUGUCCUCAGGUCUGGUGGUCCCCAGGGGGCUCUGACCUAGUGCUGUGUCCCUGCAUCCCAGGUCCGUGCCCUGCAGACAUCCCCAUGGCUGGCUGGUGGCAUGGGAUCUGGUAGAGCUGCAGGGCAAGGCAUGGCUGCUCGCAUCAGUGACUGCCCUGUGCAUUUGGGGGGGUUCCCUUUCUACUCUUUUAAUCUUUUCACUCCCUCAGGAUCUACAGACUGCCCCUCCGGGAUACUUGUUUCUGACAUCAUAGCCCUGCACUUUUUUCCCACACCAGAAUGUGUUGCAUUUCUGUUGAAGCCAGCUGGCAGGGAUGGCUGCAUGGACGCUCAGAUUGGAACCACUGCCAUUGAAUGGGCUGCCAGAGCUGGGUGAAGGCAUGGCUCACCGCGAGCCCUGCAGCACUGGACCUGUCAUGUCAAUGUCACCACACAGCCUCAGCCCCCAGGGAGCCAGGAGACACUUGGCACAGGGCUGGGGGCAGUGUGGAGCUGGGACAGAUGCUGGUGUCCAGAAGGACCGCAGAGGAAGAGCCAUCCCAACACACAGGGCUGGAGACCCAAGGGACAAGCCCUGCCCGCUGUGCAUCGUGGAGCAGAAAAGUCGCCUCUGGAAAACACUGAAAUCACUGACACUGCUUCGGCUGCUGAAGAGCACAAACCGCAGGGUGCAGCGGCUGCAUGCAGUUGCUGUGCACUGCUGGCACUCGCUCACAGCACAGGGGCUGCCCGGCAUCACAUCACUGCUCCCCAGGGAAUGUCGCCACCUGCCAGAGCUGGAGGAGGCUGUGGACAACACUGAGACCAGCUCGACCAGCAGCAUCGUGGAUGCACCAAUGGACUCAGAGACAAGCACACCACCAGCAGCUGUGGAAGCAAAGCGGGACUUAUUGAGGACCCUUCCCCAGCGCUUCCACAUGCCAGCCCCCAAAGUGCUGUGCCGGCCUUCAGCCCAGCGCUGGGUCAAGCCCUGCUGCACCCGAUCCUGCGGAGAGAGCUUGGAGCGCACGCUCACCAUCCACUACUCCCGGUGACCACCAUUGGGCUGCCUGAGGAGUUGGAGAAGAGCUGCCAGGAGACCUGUGAGGGUAUCUGGCCAUGCUGCUGGCAUCGGGCACCGCCUGCACCAACGUGUACCGAAGUGUCUCUGACUGCGUCCUGAAGCUGGGAGAGAGCAUGGCCACAUACGGGAAGGAGGACAGCAUGGAGCUGCAGGGGCUGCACAGGGUCUGUGGAUACUGGGACGAAUUUCAUGUCUGUGCCCUGACUGCUCUCUGGGAGUGCCAGAAGGAAGCGGCAGCCAUCUGGGAGAUGCUGAGGAAGGAGUCCCGAAAGAUCAAAUUCCAAGGCAGCCUGUUUGACCUCUGCAAUCCCAGCACAGCCCAAAGCUUUGCCUGUAUCUGCAUUCCCCAUGUGUCAGUUCUUAGCAUCCCCCUCAUCAUCACUUGGCUGAACUUAUAGACCUCAGCUCCGUAAGUAUCACAGCAAAGGUGCUGGCAGUACACUGGGGCUCCUUUCUGAUGGUUUGCUUUUCCAGACCUUUGAGGAACACAGUGUGCAGUACCAGCAGACCCUCAGCUCUGCCCCAUGUCUGUGAGACUGAAGAGUUCAGCAGCAUCUCGUGGGUUUCGCUAUUUCUCUGUAAUUUGGGACAUUUGUCCCCUUUGGCCUCAGGGCACAAGCAGAGCUCUGGCUGCCUGCAGGGGAUUUGGGGGAAAAUGGGAAGUGAGUCACGAAUACCAGAUUCUUUUUGGACCUUUCCAUGGCUCUUGUAUGGAAGCCUGUUUGUUCAGCUGCCUGUUUCCACAAUGUCAGCUCUCCAGGUUUUUGAUUUGGGUGCUGGAAACUUGUGAGGGCAGGGGAUGGUGUACGUCCUGCAAAGAGCACAGAGGUGCUGGCUUUCUUUCUGGGAGGACACCCUGAAAACCCUGCUAAAGAAUAGCCACAGGUGCAUGACCUCUUUCCUAGCACAUAUCUGGACUCCCAAGUAAUUCCUGUGUUAUGUGUAGAUCACUUUUCUAAGGAAAUGAAGAGGCAAGAAAAUCUUUGGGUGGGGGGGAGAUGAUGUUAAGCAACCAUGACAAAACCUUUCUAAAGUAACUCUUUUACUUUGAUGUUUUUCCCAGUAGUACUUGUAAGCAGCUCUGUGGGUGAC